UCUGUUAUAUUUUGAUCGCAGGGAUUACUUUCGUUUCUUUUUUAUUUUCCACGCGAAAACGAACGAAUGUGUUCUAUAAAUGUUCCCACCGCCGAGUUGAGUGAUGGCGUUCUACGACGACAAGCGCCGGUUGCUCAAGCAAAUUCGUCACUCGUUCGUCACCGGCGACGAGUCUCAGCUCUGCGAGCACGUUUUGCUCAACAACGACUUCCCCUUGCCGAAGGAUGAUUUCGACAGCGACGAUGAUCUCGUCAUUGACGACGAGCAUGCCACUGCAGUGUUUGCGGAAUCCCCGGACGGGUUCACGGGUUCCGGGCCGCCGAGACCCCGGACUUACACGGCAAUCCGGUUGGAGCGGAUGAAGAUCAAGCGGGACAAGGAGGAUGCCGUGAAAACUCGACACGUUUCCUGGGGUGUCGUGAAACGAGACAAGCUCAUCUCGGAUGCGGAUUUGGAGGAUAUGUUUUCCAAGAAGAACGUUCCACCGCUGCAAAAGCGUCGCUCAAAAUUGACGGAGCUCCUGAACGCCGCUCCAGUCUGCCCACCGAACCCAUUCGCUCAAUACGCCCGCUACGACGGUGCUCAUUGCAUAGCCGACGUGUCUGUCAAAAACAUGAAGAUCUUCUUCGCCCUGGGCGAAAAACGUGGCACGAAUCCCAUUCAAUUGUCCGUGAUAUCCUCGGCCAAAGUGUCGGACGUGAUCGGCCUCGUGUGUUGGCACUAUGUGAACCAGAACCGAACCCCUAUGCUGUCUCACACCCACGUGGCCUCGUACAGUUUAUUGUUUGCCGAAGAGGACGGAGAGUAUGACUUCGACUUUCCUUGCUUGGACCGGUUUGAGACGAUUUCCAAGUUCCACUUCACGAGUCUGGCCUUGGUUUCUACACCCGGGAAAGUGGAACCGGCUUACAGAGCUCAUGAAGCUACGCAGACUGAGGUUUUCCGGGUUGUGAUCUUGCCGGCUAGAGACGUGGUUGACGUGUUCGUCCCGAAAAGCCAAGCGCAAGAAACAACAGUUAGCGAUCUGAUGCAACUGACGGUCGACCAGUGCUUUUCGGAACAAACGGCGAAUCGACUCCGUUCCAAGAACCACGUGAUGAAGGACAAGGGCGAUCCGGAAAACUCCAUCCUGAGCCUGAGCAAGAAACUCACCGACUGCUUUUCUCGGGACUUCGUGUUGGCCCCCUCUGAGACCCGCGCGGAAGAAAUCCGCAUGCGGAAACACCUUUCCGUCAUGGAGGCCUCGUUGUACGAAUCGUUUAUCGUGUCUCUCGUGCAAAAAAUCGGCACUGCCGAGAUCCACCUCGGGAUAUCCGGAGAGAAGAUCGAAGUUAAUCCCGUGACGAAAAGCUCUGGGAUCCUCCCGAGUGUCAUUCCCGUGAAACCGGUCACUUAUCACAUCGACUCGAUUGCGGAUUGCAGCAUCGUGGAUGAGAAGUACGGGAAGAAGUCCGUGGUUCGGCUGGUGUACAAGUCCCUGUCUGGCAAUUUCAAGCACCUGGACAUUGAGUGUGAUAUCGAGACGGCGAGGAAAAUUGAUCAGAAGUGUAAACACAUUCUUAAUUUCCGGUCCAGCUUCACUCGGCAAGAAUAUCAGGAAACUGAACCGGGUUCCAAGAGGGGCACCAAAAAGUGAAAUCUUUGGUCCAAGGCUUCUUCAACAUUUGGGGUAUCCUAAGAGUUGCUGUGCUGUGAGGAAUGUGUAAUUUUUCCUUAUUGAUGAUGAUAAUCUUGUCGAAUGAUGCGUAGAUGUCACUUCCAGUCGUUCAGAUUGAUUUUCAAAAUUGCACUCCUCUGUAACUUAAGGAAAGGAUCCUGCCGAGGUCUUAUAAUGUUUGAAUUUUCUGUAGUUGAGCUAAUUUUCAUUUUUUUGAUCAGCUUUAAACUAUACAGAAAGCGAUCUUGGUAUUGAGUUCUUGUCAAAUGAUUCUUAGAUGUCGCUUGCAGUCACUCACGAUUGAUUUUUGAAAUUUGCACUCCAAUGGUACAAAACGGAAAAAUCUGCCGAAGUCUGAUAUUUGCUGUUCAGCUAAUUUUCAUUUCUUUGGUUAGCUUUUAAAUAUGCAGAGAGCGCUCUGAAGAUUGAGUUCCUUUUUUUUUGGAUUAAAUUGAGCAAUCAAAGUUUUGAAAAUUCAUUAAUUUGACUAAGGUUUCAAUUAUUAUAAAUUGAUGAGGACCCGUUUUGCCCUUUGCGUGAUACGAACGAUUAUUUUCAGUUUCACGUCGUGUUGGAACGUACAUUGGUAUCUUGUUAUGCGCUUAAACCAAGAAUUUGAAAACGCUCCAUGGCACAGUAACAUUUUCGGUACCGUAUACAGUCAUUCAGGAUUCACUAUGUCAUUCCUCGGCUUUCCUUGUUUACGCGAGGCGUGACAGAUUUUGGAAGUCGGCGAGAAUUUCUUCUUAAAUUCUUCCCCGAUUUGUGAAAAUGCAGAAGCACGGCUUCGUGACCUUUUUUUUUUACUCGAGGGAUGCUUCUCGUUGAGCAUUCGUUGAAUUUUUCCCCACCCGAAUUUUAAAGAAUGUACAAAAGGAAAAGAAAAAACAUGAAAACCAAAUGUCAGCUGAAUUUAGCACAAAAAAUGUUCGAUCCACCUGAAAAAAGUGACCCUUCCAUGUUGAAUCAUACGAAGAAAUCCUGAGCCUUCGAUGAUGAAUGCGAAAAAAUUGUUCGUGGUCUUUGUUUCCUCAUUCCUUCCGAAAAAGAAAAUGUGGGAGCCAAAUUGUGUCUUAUUCCCAUUGAAGUGACUUUGAAGCAUGAUCUAUGUAAGCUUUCGACUUUCUAGUGAGAUGAUUAAAUGGAAGAAAAAUAAAUGUUUCAUGCUCGGUAUUCUUCGCGUGUACUCGACGCUUGUUGCAUUUGGCUGUCUUCCUAAGCUCAAAUAAAAGCUUUCCUCUUUUUUUCCCAAAAAAAAAACGAAAA